GGAGACUCGGUUCUCGGUUCUUUGUGCCAACCACAUUUCCCGCAUUGGCUCGGUGAUUCACAAGGCAAACCAUACACUUCAGCGCCAUGGGGCGAGAGAACUCCACGAACGGCGGAUGCGACCGUCGAUAGCGAUAUACCGCGAACAGGGGUCACACGGCGCUACGAAUUUACCAUCAGCCGUGGUCAUGUCUGGGCAGACGGCGUGAAGCGAGAUGCUAUGCUCGUUAACAACCAAUUUCCUGGCCCGGCAAUCGAAGCCAAUUGGGGAGAUGAGAUCGAAGUGAUUGUGCACAACAAUAUCUCCGCUCCAAUGGAGGGUACUGCCAUGCAUUAUCACGGCUUUCUCCAGCGUGGUAGUAAUUGGAUGGAUGGCGUGCCCUCUGUCAGUCAAUGUCCAAUCGCGCCAGGGGCUUCUUUUACCUACCGUUUCACCGCUCAGCUCUACGGAACAUCGUUCUACCAUGCACAUUAUUCGGCUCAGUAUACUGCGGGUGUUGCCGGGCCGAUCAUCAUACAUGGCCCAUCGCAGCUUCCGUAUGACAUCGACAUUGGGCCCGUCAUGCUCACAGACUGGUUUCACAUUCCGUAUUUCAGCAUCGUUAAAGAUGUGGUCGGGACUGACAUGACUAAACUACCACCUAAGAGUGACAGCUUGCUGAUCAAUGGCCGCGGCCGAUUCGACUGUGCUGAACCUUCCUACUCAAGUUCAAGCGAUUGGGUUGGAAGUAACAUCGCGAGUAACCAGACUUGGGAGUGUGUUGACGGCGCCGAGUUGUCCAAAUUUCGAUUUCAAAGCGGAAAGAUCCACAGACUCCGGCUAAUCAAUCACGGUGCUGACGGAGUGCAAAAGUUUUCCAUCGAUGGCCACAAGAUGACUGUCAUCGCGACGGAUUAUGUCCCGACCGUGCCUUAUACCACCGAGACUGUUACCCUGGGUGUAGCUCAACGUACGGAUGUCCUAGUCCAGGCACUGGAUACACCUGGCGCCACGUACUGGAUGCGAGCUAGGACCCCUGGUGGCUCUAGCAUGGGCGGCUCAGCACACGCCGAAGUGCUCGCUGCCAUAUACUAUGACGGAGCCGAUCCAUCGCUUAUACCAGCCUCUCAAGGUGUAAAACAAGACGCUGGCUGUGAGAAUGAGCCCCUCGAAAUCACCCAACCUGAAUAUGUCAUCGCUCCUAGUGGCGAUGCUUACCAGCAGAACCUCGUCCUUGGUCUCGAAAGGAAUUCCUCUGGUAAUUUCGAAUGGCUGAUCAACGGCCAGACAUUCCGAGCGAACUUUAAUUCGCCUUCUCUCUACCUCGCCGCCGAUGGGAACACCACUUAUCCAGAUCCCGAGUGGAACAUGUUCAACUUUGGCCAGAACAAGUCUAUUAUUCUCAAUGUCACCAACGCCACACCAUACACCCAUCCAUUCCAUCUUCACGGGCACAACUUUUUUGUCCUCAACAUAGGAAGCGCCGGGACUACCUGGGAUGGCAGCAUCGUCAAUCCUGGCAAUCCCAUGAGGAGAGACACCGUGAUCAUACCCCCUCUCGGAUGGGCAGCAUUCUCCUUCGAGUCCGACAAUCCCGGCAUCUGGCCAUUUCACUGCCAUGUGGCGUGGCAUCUCUCUGGUGGACUUGCCAUGAACAUCAUGACCCGACCCAAUGAUAUUCCGAAGAUACCUCGAGGCAUGGAAGAAUCAACCUGUACUGCAUGGAAUGCGUACACCGACCGAAACACGGUUGAUCAGAUUGAUGCGGGAUCAUAA